AUGCUACCGACAAAUGGUAUAUUUAAUAAAUUCGAAGUUUUUAGUCUUCUCACUCGAACAUACAUGUCUUUGUCCUUUUUAGAACAUAUUCCAUCAUCGACAAUUGAAGUGUUUGUAUUUGAAUUGUAUUCACCUUAUACAGAUGUUUUUCAAAAUUAUUCAACAUACGAACAAGAACAACUCAAAGACGCUCUAGAUACUGUUCAAUUGGACACAAAUGAUACUUCAACUAGUAUUCAAUUACUUGCAUCAUCCAUUUCGAAUGUGUUUGCAAUAGCAAAUGAAACUAUUGAACGAUGUAAACAAUUAACUAAUGGUCGAACAAUUAUUAGUCUUCUUGGUGUUCUUCAAACGUUUUUUAUUGAUUAUAUUGGAGAAUUAAAACGAGUUGUUAAUAAUAUUCGUGAAAGACAUUCAAAAAUCUUAGGUAAUGAAGAUUGGGAAUUAUUUCGACAAACAAUUCGUAUCUUAGAAAUAUGUGGUGAACUUAUUCUUGCUUAUGAACAAUUUGAAACAUCAUUAGUACACCAAAUGUCACAAAUGAUUAAUGAAUGGCAUAAUAAAACUAACAAAUAUAAACAAAAUGAUGAUAUAUUUGAUUUAUCAAUUGAAUCAUUUAUUAAUAAUAUAUCUUCAGCAGAUAAACAUGAUUUCUUAUCAAUUGUAAAUGCACUUGAAAAUGCAACGUAUAGUCUUUUUCCUGAUAUACCAAAGCAAUUAAGUAAAUUUAGUGAUGAAUGCCAUCGAUUUAGUUUUGAUGUUGUCUUUUUACCAAUUAAUUCACUUCUAAAUGGCUUUUCGAAAUUACCUAUUUGGUCAAGUGAAAAUCGAGGUACAAUUGUAGCUGAUUUACCUUCUUUUAGUCUUGUUCCACAAGAAAAUAUUACAAAAAUUGGACAAUAUCUUUUGAUGCUUCCACAGCAUUUUGAACCGUUCAAUUUACAUGAUAAUCAACAAUUAAGAGUUGCAUUUAAAAAAGGAAAAUUACCUUAUCUCGAAGAUAAAGAAUUAUCUAAUGAUUUAACAUCAUGUUGGCUUGAUUCUGUUGCAUUGGCUACAAUGCGUGUGUGUAUGGAACAGACAUUACAAAUCCAAACAUUAAAUUCAACAGGUCUUAAACAGUUAAUUAUGGAUCUUCAAUAUCUUUUUAGCGUGUUAGAAGAUUUCGGUCUUAAAGAUGUAAGUGAUUUUCGUGAUAUGCUGGAAUUAUUAAAUGCUGACGAAACAACAUUUGAAGAACUUGCUAGAAAAAAAUCAGCACGAAUGGUUACAACAAUUCGAACAAUGCGACAUUUGAAUUGA